AUGUCUCGAAAUAUUCUCAUCACCGGCGCGGCGGGUUACAUAGGAGGUUCCAUCGUCGUAGAUCUUUUAUCCAAGCAUCCGGAGAUCACUAAAGACCAAAUCGUUGCCGCCACCUCAGGGUUGAGUGCAUUCUACGCAAACUCUGGCUGGUCAUGCAGUGUCAAUAAAGACACAGAUGCGGUGUUUGAGACGGAGAAGGGGGUUGCAGACUCGUAUCCAGUCCGAAAGACGGAUGUAAUGGUUAUAGAACAUGCACAAGCCCAAGGUGUCACGCCAUUUGCUGUUGUACCUUCUAUCGUCUAUGGAAGAGGAACUGGCGCGUGGAAUCAACUCUCCGUCAUGAUACCAGGCCUGACACGAGCGAGCCUCAAACUCGAAAAAGUGUACAAAUUGGAUGAGAAUAUUUCGUUGCAAGCUGUUCAUAUCAGCGACCUAACCGCCUUGUACUGCCGAAUCAUACAUGCUGUUCUGAACCACGAAGAAAUACCAAGUGGAAAAGAAGAAUAUUACUUUGCAGUUGCUCACGACAUGGAUAUGUGGGAAUUCCAAGACCAUCUCGCCGCAGCCAUGAAAGCUCGAGGCCUUGUGACAAGCGAUAAGCCCGAGGUGUAUCCUAGCAAUGAGUUUGAUGCAGACUCAAUCGAUGUGCCGCUUGAAUUUCUGGAAGAUCUUUACAAAUCUGGGGGUCAUUUCACGGCGACAAGACCGCAGAGUGUUGGUUGGAAACCUCAGUGGGAUAGUGAGCGGUUUUUGAAGAAUUUAGAUGGUGAGAUUGAGGAUGUUCUUGAGUUGGGGAAGGCAAAGAGUAGUCUGAUUGGCACUCUGUUUGCUGCUGUUGGAAGGGCACGUUGA